AUGUCCGAGGUCGCGAAGAAGCCGACCCCCUCUUUCUCGGAGAUCAUGAGCAAGGCAUCCAAGAAGGCCCUGAGCGGGGGCCUGGCAGGCAUGGGCGCGCAGGCCAUCAACGUGUUGACCCUCAUGUGGAUGCGCACAAUCAUGAACUACCAGUACCGCUACGGUGGCUCCCUCGGGGAGGUGGUGAGGAAGCUCUACGCCGACGGCGGCAUCCCGCGCUUCUACCGCGGGCUCGCUCCUGGCCUCAUCCAGGCGCCCGUCUCCAGGUUCGGCGACACUGCCGCGAACGACGGCGCGCUCGCUGCGCUGGAGCACACCCAGCUCCCCACCGCGGCGAAGACCAUGUGCGCGAGCGGGGUCGCGGCUGGCUUCCGCAUCUUCCUCAUGCCCGUGGACGCCUGGAAGACAACCAAGCAGGUGGAGGGCGCGGACGGCCUGAAGCGCCUCAUCGAGAAGACCAAGAAGCACCCGACGGCCCUCUGGCAGGGCGCCGUGGGGGCCAUGACCGCGACGUGGGUCGGGCAUUACCCGUGGUUCUACACCAACAACCAGCUCCGGGAGUCGCUGCCCCCGUUCGACUUCGCCUACGGCAAGUACGUGCGCAACGCGGUGAUCGGCUUCAGCUCCGCGGCGGUGUCGGACACGUGCUCAAACUCGCUCCGGGUCCUGAAGACGACCCGCCAGACGUCGCUGGAGCCCGUGAGCUACAUGGAGUCCGCAAAGAGGAUCAUCGAUAAGGAGGGCUAUGCGGGGCUGUUUGGCCGUGGGCUGGGGACUCGCAUCCUCACGAACGGAUUGCAGGGUGCCCUGUUCACCAUCGGCUGGAGGGCCAUCUCCGAGUACCUGAACAAGUGA